AGUCAGCUACAGUCAGGGUCCUUAUUUAUACUGGAGGUGACAUUCAUUCGGGAAGCGCUUAGCAUCCACAGACGGGUCAACAUGGCACAGGCUGUGCAGAAACUGGUCGCUAAAGUACCUACCCUGGUGGGCGCCGCUGUCACCUACUCCAAACCCAGGCUAGCCACCUUCUGGUACUACGCCCGUGUCGAGCUGGUCCCCCCGUCCCCUGCAGAGAUCCCCAAGGCCAUCGAGGGGGCCGCUAACCUCAUCAAGGGGCUGCAGUCAGGACGUCUCGGUCAAACCACAGUGAAGGAUGCUUUCAGGAAUGGACUGGUGGCCACUGAGGUGCUAAUGUGGUUCUACAUUGGAGAGUGCAUCGGCAAAAGAGGCAUCAUUGGUUACGAUGUCUGAAACUUGGACUGUCGUGCUCUCUUUUUCUUUUUAGUGUUGUAUGCUUCAUUUCCUGCAAAAAUCCUGGGAACCAAUAAACAGAUAUCUAUUGUUAACAAAAA